GGCGGAACUUUGUGCUGGACGACACCCUUCAGUUAACCUUCAGGGAACACGAACACGCCUUCAGUUAGUAUCUCACGAGAUCCUCUCUAGCCUGCAUCCAUCCGCGGUUUGAAAUGCAAACAUCACAUUUAGCCCCAAGGAACAGCCAAACUCUGUGCGCAUAACUGUGACAGGUGCAAGUGAAGAGCCGACUGUCAAGGGUUUUACUUAUGUAAGAACUCAGACCCAUCGGUUUGAAAUAUGGAGUGGACAACAACCCAAACGUCUGGCGACUCUGCAGACAACAAAGUGUCUUCCCAUUAUCAACGAACUCGAGUAAUCGUAGAGAUGAUUUUCUGUGCUGUGAUCAUUUUUACCUCUUUUACUGGAAACGCCCUGGUUGUUUUUGUUGCUUGUAAAGAUUCCACACUGCGAACCACCACAAACAUCUUUAUUCAGAAUCUUGCGCUUACAGAUAUCUCCAUGGCGAUAUUCAACAUGCCAUUCUGGAUGGCAAGUAUAUAUCAUGACAACUGGAUAUUCAGCCAGUUAGUCUGUGAAUAUCAAGCAGUUACGCUCUUCACCUUUGGAUCUGCUUCGAUUCUCACUAUGGCCUUGAUAUCCAUUAACAGAUAUUUUAAGAUCGUUCAUCCACAAAUAUAUCACAAUUACUUUGGUUCGAAAGUGAUUGUAUGCAUUUACUGCUUACUAUCAUGGGUGGUAGGGGUUAUUUUUGCUACUCCACCCAUCUAUGGCUGGGGUAACUAUCAAUACCAUAGGAAAUUCAUGACUUGUUCUGUGCUUUGGGAUCUAAAACAUAUCUCAUUUGUGGCGAUAUUCCUGGGUGGAUUUGUCAAUGCAGUCACUAUUACGAUCUUUGUUUGUUACUACAAGAUUUACAGAGAAGUCAAACAAAGUUCAAGGAACGUAGCUGCAUACGCAAACAACGUCACUUCAGAAACGGAUAUCAAAAUUCUCAAGUCAACAUUCACAGUAGUUUGUGGGUAUAUCAUUUGCUGGAUGCCUGUCUCUGUUGUCUGUUUGACAGAGACACUUGGUGGGUUCCUGCCACAGGCUUGUUAUGGCGUAGCUAUAUUUCUGAUGUACUCAAGUUGUUGCAUCAAUCCAAUCAUUUACGGCAUUUUGAAUCCUCAGUUCAGGAGAGCUUUCAUUCAAGUCUUCAAAUGCAAAAGUUUCCAUCAUGACAACAGCAGCAAUCAAGAUGAACGCCAGGAAAAUGCUUCAGCAACAUUGCCGUCACUUGCCAUCCGACGCAUAGCUUCAGCAAACAAAAUCAGUUAAAUAUUAUUAUACAAAAUCGCGUUUUACCACCAAAUAGUAAUUAUUAGUUAUUGCAAUUUUGAGCCGCCAAUAAUUAAGGGUUCAUAUUGACAGCUCUCUAUCUCAAACAUAUAGAUGAAUUGCGAUACAUAAAGGAAAUGAACAUGGAGUAACGACAACCAAGUAUUUUUUACUUGCUGUAACUUGAUAAUCAACAACUCCAACAUAGAUCCCAAACUCCAUUUAUAAUCGGCUU